AUGAAGUCGUCGGAUGUGGCCACUGUGAGCACUGAGCUUUGCCUGUCACAGCUCAGCCAAACGUCUGCCCGCUCCAGGACAGGCUGGCUGAGCGAGGAAGCUGUUCUAGCCCACUACCAUGGCAAUAAGGAAAAGGCUGGCAGGGCUAUGUCGGAGGCUGAACAGGCCGGGCGCCGCAUGGACGACCCGAACUGCAGCAAUGCGUUCCUGUACCAGCUUGUGACAGAGCUGAGCGAGCUGGACUUGAAGAGAAAGACGGAGGAGUGGAAGAGCAAGGUGGUGCCGCUCUCGCGGGACCCUCGCCCAGAGGCACAGAAGCUGUUCGCCGAGCUGAAAAACGGUGGUGUGGAACAGCCGCAGCUGACAGACGGAGGCGCACCCGCCCCGGUCCCGGCCCCAAAGGCCAAGGCCAAGGCCAAGGCAAACGUCAAAGCCAGCCAGCUCGUCACAGCGGAGUUCCCUGUCGUGGACAGGGAAGCCUCGAAGAAGGCCGCUGAGAAGGAGAUUCUUGCAAAGGCUGGCAGCUUUGCCCGCCUGAGCUUGGUGCUGGCUGACUACGGGGCCGCCAAAGAAGCUGUGGCAGAGCUUGGGCAAGCGAAAGCCCAUCUGGAAAGCGCGUGGAAGGACAUGAAGGCUGUCACGGCAACGGACGCUGAGAGCGUGUGGGCGACGAAGGCCAAGGCAUGCGGCGAGGCCUACUUGAAGUACUUGACCAAGGAGGAGUUCGCAAACGGGUGCGCAAAGGCUGCUCAGAAAUCUGAAGCUGAGGGGUAG